AUGUCGCCCCUAAAGUCUCUAAUGCGAUUCAAAUGUGUUUCUAAAUCUUGGCAUGCUCUUAUCUCUAGUCUAUCUUUUACAAACGACCACUUAAUCCACCAUAAAAACAAUACAGUCUUGUCUUCUACAUCACUACUUUUGAGUUGGGUCAGCCAUGAUUUACCAUGGCAUAUGUCACUACGAUCUUUGGUCACUAUAUCUGAGGAUGAUUAUCGUAGAGGCAGCAAUGAGCACAUUCAUUGUGUUGCUGAAGCUUUACAGCAUCCCAUUAUUCAACACGAAGAGAAUAUGAAUUUCUCUCGUACCUAUUAUUGCAAUGGCAUCAUUUGUCUAGCACAGAGCUCCAUGUUUAACGGCCGAACUGUUCUAACAAAUCCUACAACCGGAGAAGCCAGGAUUCUUCCUAGAACAUGCCUCGGUCCUCCUGACUUCUUCAUUAACUCACUUAAUUGCCUUCAUGGAGAGGGAUUUGGAUACGACUUGAAUAGAAUUUGGAUUAAAAUUGAUGUGAAACUUGAUAGAUGUAGUUUUUCGCCAAGUGAGGAGUUUCACACCAUGCCACUACUGGUACCAGACUAUGGAAAAUGGAUUGAUGCGGCGUAUAAGUGGAUUGAAAAGAGCCUCGCAGUGUGGAAUGAAUCAGUUGCCUUGCUUGUGCUAGAGUGGCGUCCUUGUUCUAUUGAAAUGUGGGUGAUGCAUGACUAUAAUGGUGGUAAAUCUUCUUCUUGGACCAAACAUCUAACGAUUGGGCCAUUUGUACACUUUUACUCCCCGCUAAUCUUUUGGAAGAGGGAUGAGCUUCUCAUGGAAAAUAUUGAUAGAAAGUUAAUGUCAUACAACCUCAACACGCAAAAAUUUACAAGUCUUCCCCUUUCUGAGGUUCAAGUAACAACUAGCUGA